CUCAUCUCAUCUCUCCUCUCAUCAUCCCCCUCCCCCCCUCACCUCAUCAAACCUUGUGCCAAACAAACAACUCAUCCAAACUCACUCAUACACUUCUAUCUACCACGGUACUCAUUUACCAUGGGUAGCAUCUCAUUCCGCGAGCACAUUCGCUGGAUCCCCGACGACGCGAGCGAGCCGACGUCCACUAUAGUGCUCACAUCCCCGCAGCGCCGCUUCGUCGACCUCCGCAUCCUCAAGUCGGCGCCGACGGCGGACGCUGCGCAAACGACGCACGCCGCCGGGCGCCUGGAAUGGGGCAUCGCGGGGACCUCGUCGUCAACCCUGCGCGACGACGGCGCCGGCGGGCAGGUGCGACACUCGCGCUGGGAGCAUUGGAUUGACUCGCGCACGACGGAUCCCGAGAACGCCGCCGACGAGGGCGACAUGUACGAGCAGGCCGAUGGGCUGACGCUCGAGAAGGGCCGGAUGGUGAACCCAGCCACCGGGGAAGAGACGGACUACGAGGAGCUCUGGCGGGACGUCGAGCCCGCUGCCGUCGUCGGCGGUGGGGGGGAGGCGGUCGAGUGUAUCGUCCUCCGGUUCGAGGACGAGCAGGCCGGGGCAAGGGGGUCGGUCGUCUGGCUCGGGCGGUUCUGUCAGGGCAUCUCGCGGGUCGGGGAGGACGUCACGGCCGAGAGGUGGGAGUGGAGGGACGACGUGGGGUGGAGGAGGACGGUGAGAAUCGGGGAGAGAGGGCUUCCGUGCGAGGCUCUUCUGAAGACGGGCGCGCCGCUGACCGUGGGCGCCCACGUCGUGCACGAGGAUCUGGUGUGGGAUGUGCUUGAGAGCUGCUGAUGGCUGAUGAAGUCAUGAACACGGUCAGCAUCGUGGCUUCGAAGGCGGAUAGACAAGUUUUUCUUGUCCAGGCUUUUAAGACACAGCAUGGGCGGAAGCAAAAGGGACCAUUAAGCUUCUCGGCCAGCAUCAUACUGUUAGCCAACCAGCGGGAUCAUGUACUGGGAGGGUUCUUCCGGCUCCGUCAAGGUGACUGCUCUUGGCUGAUGUUUAACACGUUAGAGUUGAGGGUAUCCUCGGAUGACAGUCUGCGGUCAAAUACUGAUGCGCAAACUCGGGCAGAUGCAGUGAAUAAAGUCACAGUAGGUAGUCGACCUUUCUCCGGGGCCACCGAUCAGGACUAUAUAUUGUGUAGCAAAUUUUCUCGUGUUUUGUUGUCACUUUUAAAGAGGACACAAGCACAAACACACACACUUCACAGCCAAACAGGUCAUUAACGGAACCGCUCUCAACUCUCGUUGACUCCCACCUACUGGGACACCC